UCUGCUUCAGCCAAUUUGCUUGACUGUGAGGGAACCUAAGUACACGAUGUCUGGCAUUGCUGAGGUGUUGGUAGCAGUUGGCGAUGAUAUUUUUCUUGUGGAGGAGGACAUGGUUCAAACUAUUAGGUUUGAUGAGCCUAGUGUUGAUGACUCUGAGAUGCAGAAUGAUGAUUCUGGGAAUUUGAUUGGAGUGGUCCAGAAGAUAAUGGAAAAUUUCUAACACUCUUCACUCAUGAUGGCCGGAUUGUUGUUGUUGACAUGGAAACAAAACAAAUUGCUAUUAACUACUCUUGUGAGUCAGCCCUUCCUCCGCAGCAAAUGGCUUGGUGUGGAAUGGAUAGCGUGCUGCUAUAUUGGGAUGAGGAUUUAAUGAUGGUGGGAGACCCAGUUCACUAUUUCUAUGAUGAACCUGUAAUUCUUAUCCCAGAAUGCGAUGGAGUGAGAAUAUUAUCUAACACGAAUCUUGAAUUUCUGCAAAGAGUACCUGAUUCUACUGAGUCAAUCUUUAAGAUUGGAAGCACAUCACCUGCAGCUUUGCUAUAUGAUGCUUUGGAUCAUUUUGACAGGCGAAGUGCUAAGGCAGAUGAAAAUUUGAGAUUAAUUCGUUCAUCAUUGUCUGAGGCUGUUGAAUCCUGUAUUGAUGCCGCUGGACAUGAAUUUGAUGUAACUCGUCAGAGGGCUCUGGUACGAGCAGCAAGCUAUGGACAAGCUUUCUGCAGCAAUUUUCAGCGUGAUCGUGUCCAAGAGACUUGUAGAACGUUACGGGUUUUAAAUGCGGUAUGUGAUUCUGCUAUUGGCAUACCUCUUAGCAUUCAGCAGUACAAGUUACUGACACCAGUGGUUUUGAUUAGUCGCCUUAUUAAUGCUAAUUGUCACUUUCUUGCUCUGCGGAUAUCUGAGUACUUAGAUAUGAAUAAAGAAGUGGUGAUAAUGCAUUGGGCAUGUGCAAAGAUAACUGCUUCACCAUCAACUCCAGAUUCUCAUCUUCUUGAAAUUUUACUUGAUAAGCUCCAACUAUGCAAAGGAAUAUCGUAUGCUGCAGUGGCCACUCAUGCUGAUAACUGUGGCCGUCGAAAGUUAGCUGCAAUGCUAGUUGAACAUGAACCACGCUCCACGAAACAGGUACCUCUUUUAUUAAGCAUUGGGGAGGAAGACACUGCUUUAGUGAAAGCAACUGAGAGCGGUGACACCGACCUGGUUUAUCUGGUCAUAUUUCAUAUCUGGCAAAAGAGGCCUCCUUUGGAAUUCUUUGCGAUGAUCCAAGGAAGAGUUUUGGCACGUGAUCUAUUUGUAGCUUAUGCACGGUGUCAUAAACAUGAAUUUCUGAAGGAUUUCUUCUUAUCUACGGGCCUGAUUCAUGUACGUUUCAUGAUCACGUUUUUCCUGUAAACGCUGAAGUUGACCAUCAAAUAAUACUGUUCGUGUACAUAAACUGCUGUUAAGCUUGGAUUCUUGUGGUAGCUUUUCUUUUAUGGAAAGAAUCAUGGGAUAUGGGGAUAAACCCAAUGGCAAGCAAAGGAUCUCCGUUGCAUGGUCCGCGCAUAAAACUAAUAGAGAAGGCUAGAAACCUUUUCUCCCAGACAAAGGAACACACUUUCGAGUCUAAGGCUGCUGAGGAACAUGCAAAACUCCUGAAUUAAUAAUUGCAAGCCAAAACUUGAUUUUCAAUGUUUCUUUGCUCUUCCUCUCAUGAUCUUUUUUAGGAUACAACAUGAGCUAGAAGCUUGUACGAAGCAGGCUAUCUUUGUUGAUUCAAGCAUCAAUGAUACUAUACGCACAUGUAUUGUCCUGGGUAAUAACCGUGCUGCAAUAAAAGUGAAGACAGAAUUCAAGGUCAGUGAUAAAAGAUGGUAUUGGCUUAAAGCAUUUGCUCUCGCUAGAAUCAAAGACUGGGCAGCGCUUGAAAAGUUUUCAAAGGAAAAGAGACCACCAAUGGGGUUUCGUCCAUUUGUGGAGGCAUGCAUUGAUGCAGAUGAGAAAGCGGAAGCUCUAAAAUACAUCCCCAAACUGUCAGAUCUUGUGGAAAGAGGCGAGGCUUAUGCUCGUAUUGGAAUGGCAAAGGAAGCGGCUGAUUGCGCAGCUCAGGCAAAUGAUGGAGGAGAAUUGCUUGAGAGAUUCAGGAAGACGUUUGUACAGAAUGCUAUUUUCGAUACCUUGAAAAUGCCUUUCCAAGGAGCCUCUUAGCUUAAAGUCCUCAAAAGUUAUAGCGAGAUGGAGAUUUUUGUUUGAUUGUAACUAAAACUCACAAGAGAAGUGUGUAAAAUUGUACAAGUGAGAUAACUAUAUGACGUGAGAAAAAGUGGAGUUGGUUCUCCAAGUUGUGUAAAACACCAAUAGUGGCUUCUUCAUUUUAUUGACAAAUUACAUCAUCCGGUUGCUGUUGUGUGUAGCACAUGUAA